AUGUCGCAUGAAGCCCUGAACCCCAUCCACCCGGCCGUCUUGCCGCAUCUCGACCCUGCCUUUGUCGACCUCUACAAUAAACAUGUCGCUCACACCCCGAGCGGGCCAAUUGAUCUCGCGGUCCUUCGAUCCAAAUAUUCUGUGCUGUACUCGUACGGCACUGGUCCUGCGCCGGAGCCUGCGCGUGUCUACGACACCACGAUCCCAGGACACCAGGGGGAUCUGAUCCCAUGUCGGGUAUAUGAGCCCGACAGCCCUGGACCCUGGCCCGUCCACGUCGACUUCCACGGUGGCGGCUGGGGCCUAGGAGACCUCGACACCGAAUCCCACAUCUGCAAACACAUCGCCGUGAAGGCCAACGUGGCCGUCAUCGACGUCGCCUACCGCCUGGUUCCCGAACACGCCUUCCCCAUCGGCAUCCAAGACUCCUUUGCGGCGCUGCAACAUCUGGCGUCGUCUGCCGGCCGCGCGCAGUUCCCGGGGCUCGACACCAGUCGCAUCUCCCUCGGCGGUGUUUCUGCAGGGGGUAAUAUCGCGUUAAUCCUCGCCCACCUGGCGCGCGACCACGGGAUUCCCCUGCGGCUGGUGGCGGUGGGGACCCCCGUCAUCGACGAUAUUUCCAUCUACGCGACGGCCGCCGACUCGCCGUUCCCGUCCAUGCAGGCGAUGGAGUUCGCGCCGACCCUGAACUGGGCGCGGUUAAAGUGGUUUGAUGAGCUGAAGUGGCGGAGUCUCAGCGCGGAGGAAGACGUGCGCAAGCAGCAGCUGGCCGAGGUGAAGUGGUAUGCUAAUGCGCUCAGCGCCCCGGAUUUCACCCGGUUGGCGCGUACGGUCAUCUACACGGCGGGCUGUGAUCCGCUACGUGAUGAGGGCGAGGCUUAUGCCCGGAAGUUGAUCGAAGGAGGGUGUGAGGUUACCGUGCGGCGGUUCGCGGGGGUGCCGCAUCCGUUUAUGCAUAUGGAUAAAGGUGCGUUUCUUUCUUCUUUGUGA